AAACUCACCCUCAGCUUAAUGUCUAUGAGUUUCCUCCACUCCGGAAGGACAACGAUAGCACAGUUAAGACUAUACUUUCAGGGAUCAUUUCUAUAGUUCGUUACUAGAGAAGUUUCUCUGAUCGUGUAGAGCACCGAAAACCACGAGGAGGAGGCGCAGUGUUCUCUCCUGAGCGUGAAGCCGGCUCUUGGUGUCGCUUUGUUGCGACUGCCUUUUGCCAUUGAUGAUCGUUCUUCCUUCCCGCAAGGGAAUUUAUGUUGAUGCCGUGAACUCCUGUGGCCAGACAGCACUUUUUGUUGCAGCAUUAUUGGGCCUUAAGAAAUUAGUUGAUGUUCUGGUGGAUUAUGGAUCAGAUCCAAAUCACCGCUGCUUUGAUGGGAGUACCCCUGUCCACGCAGCAGCGUUUUCUGGCAAUCAGUGGAUCCUCAGUAAGCUGCUGGAUGCAGGGGGUGACCUACGACUCCAUGACGAGAAGGGUCGGAACCCGCAGGCCUGGGCCGUGGCAGCAGGGAAGGAGCGCAGUAGCCCGGUGGUGGAAUUCAUGCAGCGCUGCGCCUCCCACAUGCAGGCCGUCAUCCAGGGCCUCUCACACGACCUCCUGAAGAAGAUCGAUUCCCCUCAGUGGCUCAUCUGCAGCCCGCCCAGAUUUGGGGGCCUCAUUCAGGGAAACCCCAAUGGCUCUCCUAACCGACUACUGAAAGCUGGAGUGAUUUCUGCCCAAAAUGUCUACAGCUUUGGCUUUGGGAAGUUCUAUCUCACAGGGGGCACGCAGCUUGCCUAUCUAGGGUCUCUGCCCGUGAUUGGAGAGAAGGAAGUGGUUCAGGCUGACGAUGAGCCCACCUUCUCUUUCUUCAGUGGCCCCUACAUGGUCAUGACCAGCCUGGUGUGGAACGGGAGCAGGGUCACAGUGAAGGAGCUGGAUCUGCCCACCCACCCACACUGCAGCAGGCUGCGGCUGGCCGACUUGCUGAUCGCUGAGCAGGAACACUGCAGCAAGCUGCGGCACCCCUACCUGCUGCAGCUGAUGGCUGUGUGCCUGUCCCAGGACCUGGAGAGGACCCGCCUGGUAUACCAGCGUGUCACGGUCGGCACUCUGUUCAGCGUCCUCCACGAGCGACGGUCCCAGUUUCCAGUGCUGCACAUGGAGCUGAUCGUGCACCUGCUGCUCCAGGUCUCCGACGCCCUGAGGUUCCUGCAUUCUCGGGGCUUCGUCCACCGCUCCCUGAGCUCCUACGCAGUGCACAUUGUCUCCAUGGGGGAAGCCAGGCUGACCAACCUGGAGUACAUGAUGGAAAGCCGUGACAGAGGUGUGCACAGGGACCUAACUCGAGUACCGCUCCCCAGCCAGCUGUACAACUGGGCUGCACCAGAGGUGAUCUUACAGAAGGCAGCCACAACCAAGUCAGACAUCUACAGCUUCUCUAUGAUCAUCCAGGAGAUUUUGACAGAUAACAUACCCUGGAAUGGCUUAGAUGGCUCAGUUAUUAAAGAAGCCAUAGUCUUGGGAAAUUAUUUAGAAGCUGAUGUCAGGCUUCCGAAACCUUACUAUGAUAUUGUUAAGUCAGGCAUCCAGGUCAAGCAGAAAGAUCGAACUAUGAACCUUCAAGAUAUCCUGUAUAUUCUGAAGAAUGACUUAAAGGAUUUUAUUGGAACUCAGAGAACUCAGCCAACUGAGAGUCCCAGGGUGCAGAGAUAUGAAUUCCAUCCUGAUGUCAAUGUCUACCUAGGGCUGACUUCAGAACACCCAAAAGAGACCCCUGACUUGGAAAUCCAAGAGCUGAAGGAAACAGCAGGCAGUCAGCCUUAUUCACCAAGGGGCCACUUUUCUCCCACGGAGAGAGCAGCACUAGAUCCUCUGGCUCCAGAUCUAAGUCUGACAGCCAAGGAAACUCGGAAUCAAGAUGCUCCUUCUCCUGCUCUAUUCGUGGCAGAAGAACCCAGGAGCCCCAGCACAGACCAGGCCAGCCUCUGCAGCUUUGAAAUCAAUGAAAUCUACUUACGCUGCUUGAACUCAGGAGAUGACAAAGAAGAAGAGUCCCCAGGAGCUGCUUCAUCUCUUGAGAAAGACAGAUCAAAUCAGGCAGACGAACUGAAGUCUAUGGAAGAAGAGCUAGACAGGAUGGAGAAAGAGGCGCGCUGUUUCUGUGAUGAGGAUGAGAGCUCCUCAGAGGCAGACACGGAGCUCUCUUUUGGGGACUGGGACUGGCAAAGUGGUUCAUUAAGUUCUCUCAGUCUGCCUGAACCAACCAGAGACGCUAAGGACAAUGUGAACAACUGGUCCAUGACCGAGGAGUACAUCAGCAAGUGUGUGCUGAAUCUGAAGAUUUCACAGGCCAUCGUGCACCAGAAUGACGAAUUGCUGAACAGUAUUCAAAAGAAGAUGGACGAGCUUGAGAUGAUCCAGAAGGAGCAGGAGGAUGACUGGACAUUGUGGGCCACUUCAAGAGAGUUUGCGCAUGUCUGUGACUGGCCUUCAGCUGUGGGCCCUCCAACUUCGAAUUAUGUUCCUCCUGUCAUGCAGCUGUCAGAGGACCAUCUACUAGAUACUAGUGGCAGUUGCCCAACCCUAGCAAGGUCUCCAAGAACAGCGAGAGACCUUCAGGAGGGACAUUCUGACAAAAGGUCCAGGAAACAAAGUGGCUGUGUCUUGAAACCUUUCACCCAAGUCUCUGGAGAAAGCACGGGGUCUCAGUCAGAGAUGAGCCAUCAGUUGCCAACUCUUUGUGGCCCUGGAAAACAGAACACAGGGGAACAAUUCCAACCCACGCCAGGAGUCAAGGACAGUUUGGAAAGAAGCAAGACCCAAGAUACCAGUAGCCAAGGAAGGCUUAGAGAGUCCGGUGCCCGAGCCAAAGUCACACGACUAAACAGUGUGUUCACUACAUCACACCACCCACACGGACUUUCUGGGUCACCGAGCUCUUGCCGAAAUUCUUCCAGGAUCAGUAUGGAAUCUGUGUCUUCCAAAAUCCAUAGUGCAAAGUCAAGAAAUAAUGAAGAUGAUGGAGAAGCACACUUAAAAUGGAAACGGGAGGUAAAAGAAAUAGCAGAGAAAGCAGCCACUGGGCAGCUCAUAGUACCUGCUUGGCAUCCUCAGAGUGGUUUGCCUUUGGAAACUAAGACUGAAAAUGAGCCUCAUCCCCUGCUGCAGCCCCCCAUUAGGGGUCCUGAGAACAUGCAUUGGCAGCGAGUUGUAGAAUGUCACAGUGAAAAUGAUGAGCCAGGAGGAAAUGACAAGUCCAGCAAAAGGGACAACAAUGACAGUGACCAGUAUGGCAGACAGCUUGGUCCUCAAAACUUCACUGGUUUAAGUCAUCUAUCUCCCAGAAAAAACAAGCAGCCAGAGCAUGGUGAAGUCUUUCAAGCAAGUUCUGAUGCAUCUCUGAUCAUUGAGCAGUCUUACAGCGAUCAGUCUGUGCAAUCAACUUGUUCACUAGAAUCGUCUGACGACAUAACAGAUGAAUUUUUAACUCCAGACCGUGAAUAUUUUUACUCCUCAACUGCUCAAGAAAACUUAGCUUUAGAGACCUCCAGUCCCAUAGAAGAGGACUUUGAAGAAACACAAGGUGCAUGUGCCCAGCCUCUAGACUCUGGAGAGAAAAAGUUCCAAAUGAGAACAGUCCUUAAGAAGAAUGCUGGGAUUUUGACCAGGUCUCAGUUUCAACCUAUACAAAGCACUGAAGGUGAACAAGAAGAGACAUUAAAAGAGUCACCAAAGGAACUGAAAGAGAAAGACAUAUCAUUGACAGACAUCCAAGAUCUAUCUAGUAUUUCCUAUGAACAGGACGGCUCUUUUAAGGAAGCUUCAUGCAAAACACCCAAAAUAAACCAUGCACCUACCAGUGUCAGCACUCCACUCAGCCCAGGGUCCAUUUCUUCAGCUGCCAGUCAGUAUGAAGACUGUCUUGAAAAUAUCACAUUUCAGGUUAAAACAGGAUCUGCCUCUUGCUGGAGUAGUCAAGAACCUAUUAGGACUUUGUCUGAUAAAUGCACAACUGUCCAAGAGAAAGCAAGGAGCCUGGAUUCUCUCUUUACUUCCUCCCAAACUCCCCUUUCCAGAGCCACUGAUCCUAAAAGGUCAUCUGCAUUUACUGGGACUGGUCCCUCCAGCAUUGCUAAGACAUCUGACACUUCAUUCCGUGCCACCCAGAAAAGGAGCCUGCCUAAAGAACUGGUAGAAGCCAUCUCGCAGCGUCACAUUGAUGAGCUACCACCACCGUCUCAGGAGCUGCUUGAUGAAAUUGAGCACUUGAAGCAGCAGCAAGAUUCAUGCACGGUGUUGAGUGAGACUACAGCAAGUGAUCCCAGCAUCAGCGCAAAUGAUCAAAGGUGCUUAGAAGAACAAGAAACUGAUAGUAAAAAAGAAGAUAGCAAUGUACUUUGGAUCAAAGAAUCUGAGGAUCUAUGCGAAGAUACAGAGAGAGCUCAUUCUACUCUCGAUGAGGACCUGGAAAGAUGGCUGCAGCUGCCUGAGGAGAGGUUGGAGCUCCAGGACCUCGCCAAGGGCUCUGCAAGGGAGACAAAUGUCAAGGAUCAAAAAGCUGAUGAAAAGAAGAGAAAAGGGGAAGAAAGCAUCAAGCCAGAAAGGAAAUCAGAAAGCUUUUUAGGAAGUACCGAAGAUGAACUAAAACCCUGUUUUUGGAAGCGACUGGGUUGGUCUGAACCAUCCAGGAUAAUUGUGUUGGAUCAGAGUGACUUGUCAGACUGACUGGAACUGGAUCAUAGAUGGACCCUUGGCCUGAGUUCGAACAUCCGGGUUGUGAGGGCCUUUCUUCUCUCAUCUCCUUCAGUUGCCCUCUCAUCUCCUUCAGGCAGCAGUUCCAGUUCCAUAACUCACGUUUUGUUCAGCUGCCACAGGAGAUAGUUUGACCCUGUCUGUUGGCAGCAUAUUUAACUAUGUGUUUUCAGUCAGAUUUCUGAAAAGUGAAAAGUAGUUUUGAUUAUAAAAAUUUCUUAC